CGUGCGGUGUACGAGGAGCCUUGAACGCAGCGUUUUUUCAGUUCAAAGGAUAUCUCGUCAGUGCGAGCCACAGGCAGUUUAAUGUAUUUUAUGUUCAGGCAUUUCCUUGACACUCGCUUUGAAACUUGUUUCCUGAGCUAUGGCGCAAUAGAAAGCUUUCCAGCUAUGUUUUGGGAAUAUUUCGACGCGCCUCGACGACUCGGAAAUCCAGCGGGCUCUGCGAGCGAGUGAGAGACAUGGACAACUCUGUCACGCUGUGGCAGUUUCUUCUCCAGCUCCUAUUGGAUCCCAGUAACGAACAGUUGAUCUGCUGGACCAAUGAGGAAGGGGAGUUCAAACUACUGCAGGCAGAGGAGGUGGCCCGGCUGUGGGGAGCCCGCAAGAACAAGCCCAACAUGAACUAUGACAAACUCAGCAGGGCUCUCAGAUACUAUUACGACAAGAACAUCAUAAAGAAGGUGAAUGGUCAGAAGUUUGUGUAUCGCUUUGUGUCCUACCCUGACAUCCUCAAAAGAGAUGUCGCCGCCCAAAUAGAGGGUGGGGAGGUGGGUGCUGGGGGCAUCCCUCCCCUGUUAAAGAGGGGAGACAGCACCCUACAGGAAGGUGAGUCUGACCGCAGUAAGGUGGGAGGUAAUACAGCAGCUCUGAGCUCCAGCACCAAGCAGUCAAACCGUAACGACUACAUCCACUCCGGCUUAUACACCUCCUUUACCCUCAACUCGCUGCAAAAUGGACGCCAGCUCUUCAAGUCCAUCAAAAUCGAGAACCCAGCAGAGAAGAUGGCUGACAAGAGGGGUCCCACAGCCACAGCACAGAGCCAGGAACAGUUGCCUCAGCCACAACAGCCAACUGGUUUGCCAUCCGUCAUCAAGUUUGGAAACACCCCUCCGAAGCCAGCACCAGCACCACCUGCUCAGGUUGACAUAGAGCCGACCCUGAUGUCCAACCACUUGGAUACUCUACAAGCUCAGCCGCCGAGGGCCGAAGACAUCAGCAGCACACACUCCUCCUUGCCCUCUCACUCCGUCUACGCAUUUGAACAGAUCCGCCCAUCGGAACCGGCGUUCAGCCUACAAGACCUGACGGCGACCAGCCCGUCCCCAAGCCUCGUGCCUGACUCCUCCCAGGAACUGGUGAUCGACAGCGACAUAGAGUCCGGAUCUUCUCAGCCUGCAGACGCUCAGGCACCAGAGAAGGUGGACAAUGGCGUUGGUCUGUCAGGAGAUGAGACCAGUUUGGUGGAUGCUGAAACCAGUUCAUCCUCAGUGAGCAGCAGCACCACACUCUGCAUUCAGGGCUCAGGAAAGACACGCAAGCCACCCAAAGUCCUGCAGAUCAGCCCACCAACUCUGCUGGUCACCGCCUCGGACUUCUCCCCCAUGAACCUCUGCAGCCCGUCUUUACCCACUGCCUCCCUCACACCAGCAAUGCUACAGACUCCCACUCUGUUGCUGACUCCCAGCCCUCUGCUGUCCAACAUCCACUUCUGGAGCACACUCAGUCCGGUCGCUCCCCUCAGCCCAGCUACACGCCGCCAGGGAGGCCAUCUGUUCCAAUUUCCGUCUGUCCUCACCCCUCAGUUCCAGAUCCCUGUACACAGUAUGGAUGGGACCAACACGCCCGGCCCCAUUUCCCCAGACCCGCAGAAAACAUAGGAUUAACUCCCUAACAUCAUCAGCACAUUUGGACCCAGACAGCCAGACAAAAUCACCACAUCCCCCCUCCGGGCUCCCAUCUCCUACUCCCAUAUCCAGGACGAUUAUGUGGGAGCUCAGUCAUGAUCAUUCCUCAUCACUCCAGUGCUUUAAAGCACUCUGCCACAGGAUUCACACUACAAUCAGACGUGUGGAGGUAGGAUCAGAGACGUUGGCAGUCCAGGUUUGAUGGAUGGAUGGAUGGAUGAAACAUAGAGUUUUGUUUUGAGCAUUUACACCAUGCAGAUGUCAUCCUGUACUCAUAUACACUGACGCUGUAGUUCCUCAUGCACUUAUGGAUUCAAUUUGUCUGGCUGUUUGGGAUCCUCAGUCACAACAAUUCGAGGAAAGGAGGAAUUUCCAUGGCAACAGUUUUGGUGCAUGUGGAUUGGACCCUCAGCAGCGACAAUCUGCUUCAUACUUGGACACACAGAGCAGUGGGAUUGCAGAUAACGGAAUCUUUCCUUUUUUAAAGAAUUUCCGACUUUUCUUGUGCGACAGUGUUACUGCCAAAAAAGAUCCAUUUUGUGUUAUCAGUUAGUUUCUAAGCUGUUUUCUCCUCUGCUGACAAAAAAUUCUGUUCCUAUUUGUGCUCCGUCUUUAACUUUUACUCUUGUUGAAGGGUAGUGCUUUAACCUGAUAACCUGCAUGUUUACCUGCAACUCUUUAAUCUUUUACCCAGCUCUCAGCCUCGCCUCACCUGCCAGAGUGUGUACUGCUUGCUGCUGACUAUAGCCACAUCCAACAGGACUUUUACCUUGGCUGUCUUAUCAUAACAUGUGGCCAUAAUCUAAGCUGAACUUUGAGUCUAUGUAACUGUUCUAAUGCAUAUAUACAGUAGAAUAACCCCCAAACGCCAGUGUGCCCUGGUCUGCCUCCAGCCCGUAAGCUUUCAGGUGGGAAUGAAAGAAAGCAAAGCCAUAACCCUUUCUGUGCAUCGACUGUGCAAGCAACAUGCAAAUCCUGUUUGAUAAUGUUGCCUUUUUUUUUUUCAGCCGCCAUGUUAGAGGCACUUCAAGGUUUUCAAAUGAAGGUUGUCGAUGAGAGUUAACAACAACAACAACAUAACAUGUCUAGCCUGUUAAUAUGUAGCUGGAGCCAGCAGCUGGUUAACAUCACUUAGCAUAAGCACCUCUGGGGUUCACCAAUGAACUCAUUACAUCUUGUGUGUUCAAUCUGUACAGAAAUCAAAGUGUAGAAACAUGGAUUUAUAUCGGGAGUUGUGGGCCAGACUGUUUUCCUCAACCGGUCUCUACUGGUUGCCCGGCAACAGCUCCCAGCCAAGAAGUGGUUCCAGUACACCCGUAAAUACCACAACUUGUUUUUAUACUUUUAUGAGAUGUAACAAGUUAAUGAGUGAGUUGAUGUAUUUUUAGGUGGAAUUUGUUGCCGUUGGACAAGAGCCAGGCUGCUUCCCACAGCUAAGCUAAGCUAAGCUAAUUAGCCACUGGCUCCAGCUACAUACUUGCUGUACAGAUGUGAGAGUGGGAUCAGUCUUUUUGUCCAACAUUUUGCAAGUAAACAAAAAAAAGUAUAGUUCUCUAAAUUCAGACAAUGAAACUGUUGAUAGUUCACAGCUCAGCUCUGGUUUCUUUGCUGUCACUGAAUGAGCUUUGAUAAAUGUUGCUUGCAGCGUCUGCGCAGUCAUUUUUAUUCCCUACUGAACCUCCACAUCUUAGUGGGCUAGACUUUGCACAGUCCAGCUUUAACCUUUGCCAAGCCUUAGCCAUCUAAAGUCCGUCAACCUUUAAUCCAGAGGACUGUAGAAACUCUCUGGAGCAGCGAAGCAUCUUCUUUGCUCCGAAUCCCCUCCUCUAGAUGAUCAGCCAUGAAAGGUUUACACCUGUUUUGUAAAUUACUUUGAAGCCAUAAGUCUGAGACACAGACUCCAGAGGUAGAUCCCACAUUCAUAUGCUAUCAAAUGUGGAAAUUGUACAUCACACUUGUUUACAUGAUACUUGGGUAAAGAAACACUUAAGCGUGUUCUUUCCAAGUGUCCCUUUCUAACCCAGGGAUGGAUGACCAGCGAAUCUUGUUUGGGGGGGGGGGACUCGUGCUGAUUUUUACUUAACUAACAGAUAUCUGCCCCCUCAGCCUGCAGUCCGUCACAUUGAUAUACGGUGCCUUACCACAGCCAAGCCCAAGUUUAUCUCCCAAAAGUGGACGGAGUUGUAUCAUUUGACAGUGUCAAACUAAUGGAACAUGACAGCGUUUGUUCGUUUUUCCGCCAUAUCUUCGUGUAGACCAAACCAGAGCCCCAGAAGUUUGGAGUCAAACUUCACAGGGAUGUUUUGUGUGCGAGCACACUGCGGCUCACGCGGUCCGCCACGACUCAUGUAUCGCAGGGCCUUUUAAAUGUGCCGCAGUGUCCUCAGGGAUGCAUAACUGUAUAUACUGACAGCGACGUGGGUUAAUAUGCACAGCAUGCAAAUGUAAUCAGGCCAUGUUUUCAAGUUGGUGGUUUGUCUUUUUCCAACCUGCUUAUAAAUGUUUGUGAUAACAAAUUUACUCAGAAAUUAUAUAAAUAUAUAUAUAUAUAUAAAACCUGUUUAUAUUUUUUUGUGUAAUCUCCUUUCAUUUCCUGUAACACCAUUAGAAUUUUAAGAUUAAUUUCUAUUUUUGUAACAGCCAGAUAGUUUGUAGUAUGUCUGCCAUUUUGGGUUCUCUGAUUUCAUGUUCUCUCUGUGCAUGUGUUUCAUUAUGUUGUUUUCCUCUUGUGUAUGUGCAGGUGGCUACCCCAUGGUGGCAAUGGCUAUUUUUGGGAAUCAAAGCCUUAUGGGAGAAAUCUAUGUUUUAUAUGUCAAGUGUUUUGAUAUAGUGUUGAUAUUGUACAUGCAGAUGUUGUGAUGGAACGUUUGCACAAACUUUCGGGGUUCCUGUAGUAUUGGAUUCUGUCGCUUUUCUAUGACUCAGAUCUCCUCUUUGAUGACAUGUUGUUGACGUUUGCUUACUGAGAAAUAUAUAUUUUCCCAAAGGGAGGAUAAAAUGAUGCACUUAGUAUUUUAUACGGUAAAUCUAAUCUUUUACAAUAUAUAUCGAAUGAUAUAGUCAUUUGUGAUCAGGCACGGCCACACAAUAUUUAUUUAUUUGAAUUUAUAACAGAGCCUAAUAGAAUUGGUGGCUUUUAUUGCAUUUUUGCAGCAACUUUGAUGAAAAACUAUAAAAUAGCUGGAUAAUAACCCCAAAGCCCAUUUGGAACUUUCCUCCAUCAUCGAGUCUUUUUGGACUUAUCGUUUGCAUAGUUCUUCAAUUGUAUCUUCUGAUGAUCUUUUUCCUUCAACUUACCUUGAAUUGUAAAGUCUCAUUUGAAAAAGAAAUGACAUGCAGCUCUUGCUUUGUUCUGUCCAGUUUUCUAUUUGUUUGAUGCUUUUUCAAAUGUUUACAAGCUACUUGUCUUAAGUGGCGUAUCGAUGUGUGAGAGGCGUAGAGGAAGUGUUCAUAAUGAAAGAGAUGGGUGAGACCAAUAAUAAAAGAUCUCUAACU